AUGCUGCUGCUCCAUGUUCUGAAGGAGCUUGAUGAUGCUUAUGACCGGUAUCGCCGUGAAUCUGACUCCCUUCAGAGGCGCAAGCUUCAGUUGUCUAUUCAGAGGGCGCUGAUUCGCAGUCAGGAGCUUGGAGAUGAAAAGAUCCAGAUUGCUGGUCAAAUGGUGGAGCUGGUUGAGAACCGAACGCGACAAAUAGACUGGCAUUCAGAACUACUCCUUUCCUCUCAAGAAAUCCCAGAAAGUCACAUUCCUCCGGCCACCUCCAUGACAACCACUGCAUCGUCUUUGAUGUCCUCAACAUCAGCUACAGUUACUGUGGGCAAACCCAGUCACCACGACAAGAAGCGUGAUGAGGUCACAUCAUCUUCAGGCGGUGGAGAAAAGGCGGGAGGGAAACGCUCACGACGUCAGAAAAAUGGAGAAAAUCGGGAAAGCUACGGGGGUCUGGAUCAUGCUGAGGAAGUGGGAGUGGGGGUGUCUCGGGAAAAGAAGGCCAAAACAUCUUCCAAGAAAAAGAAAAGGUCAAAAGGAAAAUCAGAGAGAGAAGUGUCUCCUCCAGACCUGCCCAUCGAUCCGGAUGAGCCAACAUAUUGCCUGUGCGAACAGGUGUCUUACGGCGAGAUGAUUGGCUGCGAUAAUGACGAAUGUCCCAUUGAGUGGUUUCAUUUCUCCUGCGUCGGGCUCCAUCAUAAGCCUAAAGGCAAGUGGUACUGCCCGAAGUGUAGAGGCGAAAACGAGAAGACCAUGGACAAGGCCUUAGAAAGGGCUAAGAAGGAGAGAGCCUACAACAGGUAGCUCACCUGGCCCCAUGAACAUUCCUGUGUGAAAAUUUUAAUUUUAUCUAUAUUAGCCUUCAUUUCCAGUUAACGGUGUUUGCUUAAAAAAAAAAAAAAUCCACGAAGAGAGGGGUGUUGUAAAUAGUUAUUUUUGUAACAGCUGUGUACCUGAGAAACGAGAAUGCCAUCUCCUGGUUGUUUACAAACAGUAGCUGUAGUACAGUACACAACCAUGUGCAUGUUUGUAACAAGCUGUCCUGCACAUCAUCCCUCUUUUGUGUUCAUCUUGCAUGCAACAUCACAAGCUUAACUAUAUAAACUCAAAUAAAAAACAAAGUAGAAACAUGAA